AUGAGCAUGAGCGGGCGAACGAAUUCGGACACGAGUGGCAACUUACCUAGAACUUCGUGUCAUAGUGGCAGUGGAUCGCGGCGAUACCGCCGAAUAGCUCAUUCACCUCAAGUUGAUGACACGCUCUUUGGUGCAGAGAAGCAGCUGCGAAAACACCGUACAAACGAUCGCACGCUUCAAGCAGGGAGGAAUAUUGUUGGUGCUCGUUCAAAUAAUUCGUCGAACCAAGAAGUGGGCGGAAAUGAUUCCGUCGUGUCACUUGACGAACUCGAGCGUAUCAAAGCCGAAACGAAAAUUUUGACUGCUGUUGAUUUGGAAGCACUGGAGGCCAAGCUCGAGACGGAUCAAGAGCAUCAAAGACUGGCAUCAAAAGCUCGAAAAGAGCAUAUGAUAAAGCUAAGCGAGGAAGCAGCGCUACGAGCACCUAAAAGCGAGAUUGAGCAGAUAUUUUCAGCUGAAAAACAUGAAAUUUUGCGUCGUGCUCGAGUGCUACAAGAACAGACGCAUGACAGUGUUAAACUUAUGAAGACACUGGGCACUCGUGCACAAGCUUUCACCAUUCGUGACCAGCAGCUCAAGGUAAAAAAAGAACUUGAAGCAGAGCAUCAUUUGUACGAUGAGAAGAUGAACACUUUGAUGGAGAUCGCGCGACUUGAAAGUUUAAAGCGACAGGAAGAACAGGAUGAAAUUAAGAAACAGAAGCGAAUUGCAGACCGUAAAGUGCUGGAAGAUCAGAUUGAAGAUCGUCGUCGCCAGCGUCAAAAGGAGAGUGCAAUUGUUGCUCAGGAAGCGCAAGAAAUGCUGGUAAAGAUACAGCGCCAGCAGGAAGAAGAAGCUGAGAAAGAAAAGGCAAUAGCUUUGCGGACACAACACUCAAUGGAAGAAGUUAAAAAGUUUAAUGAGGAUACUCUGAUACGAAAACUGGAGGUGCAGCGUAAGAUCAAAGAAGAAGAAGAGGCUGUGCAUGCUUAUCAGCUAAAGAAGGCGGAUGAUCUCAAACGUCGUGAAGAAGAAGAAGCGCAGCUUCGGCAUGAAGCGGAGCUCCGAUGUGCCAAGCUGCGUUUAAUGCAGGAGAAAAUGGCAAAUGAUCAAGCAGAACUGGCGGAGCUUCGGGCUAAGCGUGCAGCAGAAGCGCGUGAACGGCAAGCACGUGAAGCUGACUUGGCUUUGGCUAGAAAACAUAAUGACGAGAUGAAUGAAUUGCGGCGAGCUCGAGAAGCUCAGGCGCUGCAUCGAGAGCGUGCUCGUGUGAAAGAGGCAUCAAUGCAACAGCGCGAGUACGAUUUGAUUAUGGCCCAAAUUGACUCGGAUAAGGCACGUGUGAAGGCAGAAGACGAGAAACGCAAGCUAGCGAGCAUGGCCCAUCGUCGGGUAUUGCAAUUGCAGAUUGAAGAAAAGGAACAUCUGAAGAAAAGUGCUUUUGGCAAAAAGCAGGAGGAAGGUCAAGCUCUUAAGGAAGAAUAUGCAAAAGAAAUCGAAAAGUUGGAGCGCAUAAGGAUGGAGGAGGUAGACCAACUUGUCGAGGCUGGUGUCAACCCACUUUACUUGUCAGAGAUGAAAGCGCUAGUCAUCGAAAAACAAAUUCGAUAA